AUGCCAGAGUAUUUGAAAUUUCGUUCUAAACCAUCAGGUAGACAUGAAGGCAAACAACAUAUCAUAAUUGUUGGAGCCGGUAUUGUUGGCGUAUGCACAGCUUACUACAUUGUGAAACAUCCUAAAUUUGAUCCUGAGAAAUUUCAUAUAACACUUAUAGAAAGUAAAAGAGUUGCAGGAGGUGCAAGUGGUAAAGCAGGAGGAUUACUAGCCUUAUGGGCUUUCCCAGAACAAAUUGUUUCCUUAUCAUUCAAUCUACACCAACAAUUAUCAAAUGAAUACAAUGGAGAAAAAGAAUGGGGGUAUAGACGAUUGACCACUGUUUCAUUGGAAGGAGAUAUAUCACAUUUAAGCAAUAAAAAGCAUAAUGAACACGGUGACGAUGAAGAUGAGGACGAAGAUGAAGACGAGGAUGAAAACAGCGAGGGCCAAUAUGAGUUUGACGACAUUAGUUUUAAACGGACAACUACUCAUGAUAGUGAUUCUUCCUCCUCAAUAACCGACAGACCACCUAAAAAGACUUCCAGAAAUACAAGGUCAUCUUCAACAGUUCAAUUAGGAUCAUUGAAAAGCACUUUACCUCCAACGUUGAAUUGGAUCACUUCAUCAUUAAUUGAAAGUUGUUCGAAAUUGGGAGGUACCGAUACAACUGCACAAGUUCAUCCUUACAAAUUUACCAAUUUUAUUUUGAAAAAAGCCGUUGAAGAAUCAAAGGGAGCAUUGGAAAUGAUUUUAGGUAAAGUGAACCAAAUUACUUAUUCUGAAGAAUCUGGAUCGGCAACCGGUGUAGAAUAUCAACCCACUUCUGUGAAAGAGGACAAGCAUCAAGAUGAAAUAAUUAAUGUUGAGGCAGAUCAAAUUGUGUUGACAGUGGGACCUUGGACAUCUAAAAUCUUACCUGAUUGUCCAAUAUCGGGGUUACGAGCACAUUCAAUCACCAUUGCCCCAUUUAAAGAUCAACCUGUUAGUCCGUAUGCCAUCUUUACUGAAUUUAAAACAGGUCCAUAUUCGUACAUAUCGCCAGAAAUUUACGCCCGUCAGGACGAGGUGUAUGUGUGUGGAGAAGGUGAUUCAACAGUGGCUGUUCCAGAAACAACAGAUGAUGUUGAAGUGGUUAAAUCCAAAUGUGAUGAAUUGUUCCGACAAGUUGGUAAAGUUUCACCUAAUUUAAGAAGAGGUCAAAUUUUAAAACGUCAAGCCUGUUACUUGCCCGUGUUGGAUGUUCCUUCUUCGAGUGGCCCAUUAAUUGGAGAGACAAACGUGAGUAAUUUAUAUCUUGCAUCAGGCCAUUCUUGUUGGGGCAUCAAUAAUGCACCAGGAACAGGUAAAAUUAUGAGUGAAUUGUUGUUAGAGGGAGAUGUGAAAUGUGCUGAUAUCUCUAGUUUGGACCCAUCACUAUAUUUUGACGCCAGUGUAUUAUUUGAAGAUGAAGUGGAGGAAUAUGAUUAUGAAGAUGAAGCUGCAGAGGAGGAUGAAGAAGACGAAUAUUAA